AUUAGUUAACGUUGGGUCGGCGUUAACAUGCAAAAUCCUUACAUACUGGCAAAACUUUGCUAGCUGAAUUCGUCUUCUCAUCAAGUCUUUUUUUUUUAACUGUGUUUGAAGCGAUAUUGUAAUCGUGUAACAACCCGAGAGAUGCCAAGAGGGUGCGCAACUACCGAAAGAAUCCCAAAGUUGGGAUUCGUCUGACGAAUUGUUAGAGAUCUGUUGGCUUUGUUGAAGUCAGUUAAGGGAACACCAACUCAUCCUAAAUCCACCUGUGAACUGAGACCUGUUCAUUUCCAGCCUUUAAAACAACUCAGCUCUCUUUCCUCCUUGAAACCACAUCCAUCCACAACGUACUAAACGUCACCAUGACAACCUCAUCCUUAAGGCGUUCGGUAAAGAACAUUGUGAAUAAUUACACUGAUGCAGAGAUCAAGGUUCGAGAGGCCACCUCUAACGAUCCAUGGGGGCCUCCCAGCUCCCUCAUGUUAGAGAUAGCUGAUUUGACCUUUAACGUGGUGGCGUUCACUGAGAUCAUGGGAAUUAUCUGGAAGCGGCUAAACGACCACGGCAAGAACUGGAGGCAUGUCUACAAGGCUUUGACGCUUCUGGACUACCUGUUAAAAGCAGGCUCGGAGCGGGUCGUGCAACACUGCAAGGAGAACAUCUACGCCAUCCAGACACUGCGUGACUUCCAGUACAUUGACCGCGACGGGCAGGACCAAGGGAUGAACGUACGAGAGAAGUCCAAGCAGCUCGUGGCUCUGGUCAGGGACGAAGAACGUCUUAAACAGGAACGUGCCCAGGCGCACAAAACCAGGGAACGCAUGACAGGUGCUGGUGCUAUGGGCUAUGGAGCAUUACCACCUCCCUACCCAGGACGCCGUACCAGCCAGCCCAGCAUGUCAGCUAUAUACGGGGAACAGUACAGUCGGUCUCGGGGUUCGCCUUCCUCUCAUUAUUCCUCCUCUUCCUCCCCUCAACUGGCCCCAGAUCUGGAGCAGGCUCGGCCACAGACCAGCGGGGAGGAAGAGCUGCAGCUGCAGCUGGCUCUGGCCAUGAGCCGAGAGGAGAGCGAGAAGCCUCCUCCUGCUUUGGAUAUUGAUGAGCAGACACAACUCCAGAUUGCUAUGAGUCUGAGCAAAGAGGAGGCCCAGAAGCCGGCUCCUCCUCCUCCUGCUGCAGCCCUGGACAUGGAUGAAGACACGCAGCUCCAGUUAGCCCUCAGCCUCAGCAAAGAGGAGCACCAGCAGGAGCAACAAAGUCGCCAGGGAGAUGAGUCGAUGCUCCAGAAAGCUCUUGAAGAGAGCAAACGAGAGAUGGAAUCCAGGGGAGGAGGGUCUGCCAUGAUGGACCUUGUGGACAUUUUUGCUCCAGCCUCUGCAGUGCCCCCUAGUGCUAGCCCAUGGGAACUAUCCAGUAGUAACAACCAGCCCCAAUCAGCAGGCCCUUUAAGAUCUGACCCAUGGGAUUCUCUGGAUGGAGGCAGUAGAGGUGUUGGAAGCUCUUGGAUGGCACCCUCAGGAUUGGGCGCUCAAUCCCAACCCUGGGAUAGCAGGCUGCCCUCUUCAGACCCUUGGGAAUCCUCCCAGAUUUCAACUAGCCCAGUCCCUACAGAUCAAGUCUGGACCUCUUCCACACGUACAGAUCCUUUCUUGUCUUCGGGACUGGACAAAAAAGGGGCAGCAGGCCUGACCAAGGUCCCGUCACCACGAGCUGGGAGUCCAUCAGAUGGGGACCUUUUUGAUGAGGCAAUGGAUGGAGGUCAGGUGAAUGUGAAUGGUCAUGGGGAAGGCAAUAUGGAGCCCUUUGAUCUGUCACGUCUUGGAGAACAUCUUCCUGACCCAAAACCUAGAACCUGUCGAACUCCAGAGACCUUCCUAGGUCCUGAAGCAGCCUCACUAGUUAAUUUGGACUCUCUGAUUCCUUCUAACCCAACUUCCAAGACCCUGAACCCAUUUUUAUCAGAGAUGAGUGCACCAUCAACCACUAAUCCAUUCCAAAGUGAACCGCCCCGCCCCACUCUUAACCAGAUGCGUCCCAGUUCUACGUCUCCUGUGCCGACCUCACUCCCAUACAGCGCCUCUCUUCCCCUGCCUGCUAGCAACCAGCCAUCAUCUCUGCCUAACUCCUUCACCCAGCCUGCCCAGGGCCCUCUAGACAUUCCUGGAAAUCUCCCCCAACCACUGCUGCCCCUCUCAUCCACAUCUUCACUUGGUCAGCAGGCAGCAGACCAACACAGUCAGAACCCAUUCCUCUGAGGGCUGGCCAGUCCAUACCUAAAGUUUGCGUGAUGCUCAAGGAUCAUGCUUUUGAAGGGACAAUUUAACCUUAGGUUCAAAUUCAAAACUGGAAUUGUACAUUUAA